CCCCUCUGCCCAGUGCAAGCACAAGGCUUUGCACUGGGAAGAGGGAGUGAAGUGGGAAAAAAGUGCGAGAGAGAGGGUGAGAGAAAGAAAAAAAUCCCCACGGCUCGCCAUAAGGAGCCGGCUCGCGUCGUUCUCGUCAAAGAUCCGUCUCUAAGAGCAGUUUUGUUCGUGACCGACACAUCACUAGUGCUUUCAAGAAAACAGUCAUACAACUGACUGUUCUGUAGGUUUUUCUACUUUCGACAGAAAGUGUAUUUGCAGCGUUAAGUGGUUUCUGCGUCACUAAAACAAUACUCCCACUCAGCACAGGCAGAAGCCGAAGGAGUGUUCAUGCUGUUAAAAUGUGCGAAAGUCUAAACAAAAAUACAAGAAAUUAAUUAAAGUUUUUGUUUGUUUCGCACAACAUAUUGCAUUUUUUUCUGUCAUACUUUCGGACUCAAGAUAUGUCAUCCACAGCAGAAUGCAAAUAACUUUAAGGAAGGUUUCUUCAUCCUCAGCUCAGCAACCUCUGGACCAUGACAUGUUUGCGCAGAAUUAACUGGUAGUGGUCAGUGUGAAACGGACUGUAGUAUAAUUUACCUAUGGCAAAAUAAAUAAUGCUGUCAUUCCUACUUUUUAGAAAACAUCUUUAGUCUUUGGUUUAUGUAAAUAGUUACAGCUCACCCAGCCUUUCAUUGGCUCUUUUACAAGUUGUUUUUGCAAACUCCUGUCCAAAGUUGUCUGUCUAUGAUGUCUUUGAUGUAUUUAAAAAAAUCUGGUAAUUGUGAAACAUUUCAUGCAGUGCUUUAAUUGAAUCCCUCGAAUUAAAGCUGAAAGACUGGCUUCAAUCACAACUUAAUUGUGUGGUUUAAAAUCCUGUGGUACGACGACAACUUUAAAAAGCGUCUUUGUUCAAAUACUUUUAGAUCCAAGUUUAGUUUCUGUGUUUCCUCAUAAUAGUGCAGUAAUUUUAAAUGCAUCCCUUUCUUCUUCUGUUAAAGGAUCAGCAUGGACGAUCUAUCUAAUCCACAUCCAGAAGAAAUUGCUCGAGUUAAAGAAGCGCUGAAUGACAACGACACUGCUGCAGCAAUUGCAAAGAUUAAACAGUGUUUUAUUAAGCAAGAUAAUAUUCCACUAAAAAUUGCCAUUACAGGAGAAUCUGGUGCAGGUAAAUCCACCUUUGUUAAUGCUUUCAGAGAUAUGGGUGAUGAAGAAGAGGGAGCUGCUUCAACUGGUGUUACACAAACCACCUCAGAGGUUACAGCACAUCCCCAUCCAAACUAUCCCAAUGUUACUCUUUGGGAUGUUCCUAGAGUUCGAACCCCACAUUUUGAUGAGUACCUGAAACCUGUUGGAUUUGAGAAGUUUGACUUCUUCAUCAUCAUCUCAGACACUCGCUUCAGAGAUAAUGAUGUGAAACUCGCUCAGGAGAUUCAGAAGAUGAAGAAAAAGUUCUACUUUGUUCGCUCAAAGAUCGAAAACGAUAUACACGCUGCAGAGAGAAGUCAGAGAGAGUUCAGUGAAGAGAAGAUACUGGAACAUAUCAGGACAAACUCCAUUCAAAGUCUCCAGAAACAAGGGUUUCGGUCUCCACAGGUCUUCUUGGUUUCCAGCUUUGAUCCCCGUCUCUACAACUUCCCUCUCCUACACGAGACCAUCAGGAAAGAACUUCCUGAACUCAAGAGAGAUGCACUGCUGUUUGCCACAUCCAACAUGAACCUGGAGAUCAUUAAAAAGAAGAAAAAAGCUUUUCAGUCCAACAUGAAAUACAUCACUCUGCUGUCUGCAGCUCUAGCAGCUGUUCCAGUUCCUGGAUUUUCUGUUGCUGUUGAUCUGAUCUUGAUGUUCACAUCAUUCCUGAAAUAUGUUGCUGGGUUUGGGCUUGAUGAGCCAUCGCUGAAGAGAAUUGCUGCCAGCUCUGAUGUUCCAUACACUGUUCUGAGCAAUGCUGUCAGGUCACCCCUGGCUGCAGAAAAAAUAGACAAAUAUUUUAUCAUGAAGGUGUUGAUAACAGCUGCAGCAAAGGGAGCAUCCAGAUUCAUCCCAAAAUGUGGAAUCCUAGCAGCAGUGAGCCUGUCUUUCAUCAUUCCCUACAGUUUUCUGAAGAUGUUUCUUAAUGUCUGUGCUGACGAUGCUCAGAGGGUAUUUGAAAGGGCUCUGGGUUGGAGCACCUCAGAGUGAUUUUCCAAAGUAAAAGUUAGUGUCGUUAAGAGACACAUUUAAAACAGAAUCAUAUUAAAAAGCUUUGAAUAUUUUUUUUUUCUGAAGUAAAAACUGAAGUCAUAAUCGAGCUGCACAUUUCAGCCAGUGUGCUGCUGAUCAGUGUAUCGGCCUUAGCAGGUCUCAUGUAUUUUCAUUAAUACACAAACAAAAAUUUCGGGAAAAAAAUGCAGUUGUGGAUAUUAAAAAAAAAGCUUUCAAUUUUUACAAAUACUACAUAAAUACUAUGAUUUUGUCACAAAAUAUGCAGCCUCACUCUCACUGUAACCACAAAAACGGGUUACUAUGGGAUUCAUGAGGAGUGGGAGUGGGAGUACUUGUCCUCUGAGACUGAGGAAAUAUUUCUAAAAAGAAAAAAGAGUUUUCUCUGUGUCAGAAUAAUAAAGACAAAGUUUCUGAAAAAGCAAUGCAAAUGUCAUGGUAUGGUAAUCUGAGGAUUCUUUCCCUUCUGUCUUUUCUCCCUCGAAUAUUCAGCUGCCUGCCCCCUCUUCUUCACUUUCAUCCUCCCCUUGACUCCUGUGGACCACCAGUAACCUCUCCACUCAGAAAUAUCCACAAGUCUUUCCUCAGUUAACAGUCAGCCUUUGCUGUUCUUGCCUCUGGCUCUAAAUAAAUCCUGUCUCCCUUCCACCUCUUUCCCUUUGUUUUUGGUAAAACAUGAGAGCAACAACAACAAAGUAAAAACAUAAGUUUGUAAAGAGGUUCUAAACAUUCCUGAAUUCUCUCCUUUGUGUGCAGCAGGGUCACAUAAUGUUCUGAUUUUUCAGACGUGAUGGGACUUAGUGCUCAGUUCAGAAAAAACAAUCAUUUUAAUGUCCUCCACCCUCAAUAUAGUCCUCCACCCCUUGUCCUCUCUGUUGUUGUCAGGGUGGAGGACCGGUUCUACCUGAAAUACAUGACUGGGAGGAGGAGCUGCUGUUUCUGUCUGCUUAACUUUCGAUCUUACAUUCACAGGCUUUUAAAUCAUACACGUAGCUUUAACUAACUCUUUUUGGACAAAUGUUAGAUAAACUCUGAGGUGUGCUUAGGUUUCUUUCCUUUGAAGAG